GUUGUACCAGGAUAUCACAGCCCUUUCACUCGUCUCUCCAUCAUCCCGCAGCCUUCACGGCUUGUACAUGAACCACAACCAUGGCAUCUGAUCAGCAAGUAUCUCUGGCCGUAGCACCACGCGGGGGUUCAAGCCAUCUCAACAGACCUGCAAGGCAGGUAGUCCCGGCUUUUCUACAAAAGUUGUACGAAAUGGUAAAUGACCAUGCGAACCAUGAUCUAAUCAGAUGGUCAGACACGGGAGACUCGUUUUUUGUAUUGGAUCAAGAACGCUUCGCCAGCGAUGUAUUGGGGCGAUGGUUCAAACAUAAGAACUUCAGCUCUUUUGUUCGACAACUCAACAUGUACGGAUUUCACAAAAUAACCCAUUUACAACAAGGCGUCCUUAGGAGUGAUAACGAGACAGAGUUCUGGAAUUUUGAACAUCCCAACUUUCUUAGAGGCCAACCUGAUCUACUAUGUCUCAUACAACGAAAAAAGCAGACCACCCAAUCCGCAGAUGAAGUUGCCAGUGCCAGUAGAGAUACGACCAAUGGCAGUACUGCUGUCGGUAACCUCUCAGCUGGUCAAAUACUAGACAUAAACUCGAUCGUUAAUGGAAUCGCAGUUAUCAAACGUCAUCAAACAGCGAUAUCAGCGGACUUGAACGAAUUGAAAAACUCGAAUCAGCAUUUGUGGCAAGAGGCCAUGGCUGCUCGCGAACGCCAUAAGAAACACCAAGACACCAUCAAUCGUAUUCUAAAGUUCUUGGCCGGUGUUUUCGGUCAUGCUGAUAGUCCCAUACGCAAGGAAAAUGGAAGUCAUAGUCCUUCGCAUGCCGUAGUAUCUCGCAAACCCCAGAGGCUCAUGAUAGCAGAUGGCCCCGCCAAGAAAAGGAGUGUUGAAAUCAAUGAAAUUGUAGACGAAGAGUCCCGAUCAAGUAUGAAUACCAAUCUCUCGCCGCCAGAUUAUUUUUCAUCGACGGAUACACCAGUUUCUAAUGCUACCCACGAAUCAUCAGUAGUUCCCUCAGAAAUAUUUGCAUCAUCUCGGGAGGCGUCGCCUCGCUUCAUGUCCAUAGAACCACCUAUAGCUAGAUUCUCGUCAGGUGAAUCCUUUGUCGCGUCAAAUACCACCAAUAAAACGGAUUCUGCGCGGACGCAGGAUUCUAUUCGGAUGCAAGAUUCUACGCGGAUGCAGGAACCAUACGCUUCACAAUCUCCCCAAUUUGGAGCUUUACACGGGCAACCAACUCAGCCUACACAGACCGCUCCUCCCAAUUCGAAUUCACUAACGACAACCAAUCCUCCUAACAAUAAUGAUGCCAUGGUUCAAGCUGCCCUGGCUCAAAUGCUUCAAUCACCAACGCAGAUGCAACGUUUAUUAGCCGCCUUGUCUGCGCAAUCAAAUUAUGCUAUACCAGAGAUGCCAGCUCCUCCCUUACCUCAGCACACCUCCCAGUUGACUCCGUAUGACCCAUCUAUGGAUGUUUCGCGCGGUUUUAAUCCAGAGCAAUACAACGCGUCCUUCUCUCCCUCCUCUCUUUCACUUCUUGCCCCAUCAGCCGCAGACGAAAUUGUUCCUUUUGAGCCUCUGGUAGAAAGCGAGGACAGACUACAGAAAACGUAUCGGGAUGCUGCAGAGAUAGAUGCUGAUGUGAAUGCUUUGCACAGCAGUAUUAAUUCUUUGAUUGAGAGUCUAGGCAUGGAUCCCAAUGCUAUGAACACAUCUAACACAGUAUCUCAAGAUAUGCCUUUCACGGAUGGUAGCGUUGACGGGCCCUUGGAUCACGGUCAAGGAGAUCCGGGGCAGGACUUUGAUUUUGAUGCAUUCUUCACGGAUCUAUCACGUAGCGGCGAUGAAGACGCGGACUUGGAUCGACUCGCUGAUAAGCUUGAUCCUUCCGUUGCACACACCGAUGCACCGACUAAGCUCAAUAAUCCUUCACCUGAACAACUACACGCCUUUCUAGAUGAAGUCGCAUCUCAAGACGGCACGACGGGUUCAAUGCCAGGUCAAAUGCACAGCUCUCCAGUCGCACCAAUGUCACAAAACCGGAAACGCAAAUCGGAUGUAGCAGAUAUAGGUACUACUGUUCCAGGAGGUGUUGCCUCCGUCAAUGGUAAUCAAUCAAUGCCGGGACAAAAAGCAAAAAAGAAGAGAUAAAUAGGAGAGAAGUUGAAUGGGUGUGCUUAUCUUGUAGUUAUUAUAGUAUUGUACUAGUACGUACGCGGGUGUAAGAAGACAUGAUUUAUCGAUUAUAGAUUGCAUUUGUAUUAUACUAGGUGUUUGAAAUAACUUGAACUUCG